GCGCCGUGAGGAGUGGCACUUUUAAAAGUGCAGCUCCCGGCCAGCCAGCAGCCGCCAGCCCCUCCGUCCCGGGCGCCGGGUCCUCUCUGUUCCCUCUGCGCACUCCCCCGGUCGCACCACAGUCCGGCCCCAGGCCCGUCCAGCCCGCACCAUGCCGGUCAAAGGAGGUUCCAAAUGCAUCAAAUACCUGCUCUUCGGGUUUAACUUCAUCUUCUGGCUUGCUGGGAUUGCUGUCCUUGCUAUUGGACUAUGGCUCCGAUUCGACUCCCAGACCAAGAGCAUCUUCGAGCAGGACUCUAAUAGUAACUCCAGCUUCUAUACAGGAGUUUACAUUCUGAUUGGAGCUGGAGUCCUCAUGGUGGUGGUGGGUUUCUUAGGCUGCUGUGGGGCUAUCCAGGAGUCGCAGUGCAUGUUGGGAUUGUUCUUUUGCUCCCUCUUGGUGAUAUUUGGUAUUGAAGUAGCUGCAGCCGCCUGGGGCUUUACCCACAAGGAUGAGGUAAUUAAGCGCCUCCAAGACUUUUACAUCGACACCUAUGCCAAGCUGAAAAACAAGGAUGAGCCCCAGCGGGAAACGCUGAAAAUCAUCCACAAAGCGUUGGACUGCUGUGGCAUAGUUGGUGGCAUAGAGCAGUUUAUCACGGACAUCUGCCCCAAUAAUGGCAUCCUCAACAACCUCAAAGUCAAGCCCUGCCCUGAGGCCAUCAGAGAGGUCUUCAACAACAAGUUCCACAUCAUUGGUGCAGUGGGCAUUGCCAUCGCUGUAGUGAUGAUAUUUGGCAUGAUCUUCAGUAUGAUCUUGUGCUGUGCGAUCCGCAGAGACCGAGGGAUGGUCUAGAGUCAGCUUAUUUCCCCGAGCAGGAAGAUUGACCCCUGAAGAUUGUUGGGUGUUUUGUUUUGUUUUUUUUGUAUUUUAGGGGGGAGUUUUUUUUUUUUUUUUUUUGCCACUAACAUUAGUAUUCAUUCUGCAUUUCUAAACGAAAGUUCUGUGUUUGUCAUUUUAAUGCUUCAUUCAAUAUUGACAUUUAUAGUUGAAGGAUUUGGGGGUUUUGGUUUGCCUUUUUUUUUUUUUUUUUUCCAGUUUAUUUUUGCUUGUUAAGCAGAAAUCCUGCAAUGAAAGGUACUAUAUUUGCUAGACUCUAGACAAAAAGAUAUUGUACAUAAGGAGAAUUUUUUUUGUCUUUAAGUGGAUAAAAAUGUCUAUCAAAUUUAAUCAGGUUGUAACUUAUAUUGAAGACAAUUUGAUACAUAAUAAAAGAUUAUGAUAAUA